GCCCAAUGUCGUCAAAAGCAGCGGUUUGCAGUCACUCUGGCCAAGGCACGGCGCCGCGCGGACAUGGCGCCGGCAAUGCGACCGCCGACACGCAAGGUGUGUCGGAUUCCUGUGGUUGGGCAGUAGGAUGGCGCUGAAGACGCCUACGCCGGGCGUCGGCGAGCGCGAGACAUGGGGCAAGAAGGUGGACUUCCUGCUGUCCGUCAUCGGGUUCGCCGUCGACCUCGCCAACGUGUGGCGCUUCCCUUACCUCUGCUACAAGAAUGGCGGCGGCGCUUUUCUGGUGCCGUACUGCAUCAUGCUGGUGGUGGGCGGUAUCCCGCUGUUCUACAUGGAGCUGGCGCUGGGCCAGUUCCAUCGGAAGGGCGCCAUCACCUGCUGGGGGAGAUUGGUACCACUUUUUAAAGGUAUCGGGUAUGCGGUAGUUCUGAUAGCAUUUUACGUGGACUUCUACUACAAUGUCAUCAUCGCGUGGGCGUUGCGCUUCUUCUUUGCUUCCUUUACCACCAUGCUUCCCUGGACCAACUGUGACAACGAGUGGAAUACACCAGCUUGCCGACCGUUUGAAGCAAUCUGGGAAGCUUCGAACAGAACUCGGCUCCGUAAUAACAGCUCAUCAGGAUCCAUAGCACCACCUCCAACAACUCCAUUUACGUCAGCUGCUUCUGAGUAUUUCAAUCGUGCCAUUCUGGAACUGCAAGGAAGUGAAGGACUCCACGACCUAGGCGCAAUAAAAUGGGACAUGGCUCUCUGCUUGCUGGCAGUCUAUAUCAUCUGCUACUUCUCUCUUUGGAAGGGCAUCAGCACUUCUGGGAAAGUGGUUUGGUUUACAGCUCUUUUUCCAUACGCAGUACUUUUAAUUCUCUUGGUCCGAGGCAUAACCCUACCUGGCUCCGCAACCGGUAUUCAGUAUUACCUCAGUCCUAACUUCGAAGCUAUUUCUCAACCUCAGGUAUGGGUAGAUGCAGCAACACAAGUUUUCUUCUCUUUGGGACCUGGUUUCGGAGUGCUGUUGGCUUAUGCAUCGUACAAUAAGUACCAUAACAACGUAUACAAGGACGCCAUACUGACAAGCGUGAUCAACUCAGCAACAUCGUUCAUAGCCGGCUUCGUGAUCUUCAGUGUACUAGGGUACAUGGCCCAUGCUUCAGGCAGAGAUGUGCAGGAUGUGGCCACCGAAGGACCAGGACUUGUGUUCGUGGUCUACCCGGCAGCUAUUGCAACCAUGCCUGGAUCCACCUUCUGGGCUUUAAUCUUCUUUAUGAUGCUUCUCACUCUUGGUUUGGAUAGCUCUUUCGGCGGCUCCGAGGCAAUAAUAACAGCACUCAGUGACGAGUUCCCUCCAAUCGGUCGUCAUCGUGAGAUCUUCGUGGCGUGUCUCUUCACUCUUUACUUCUUCGUGGGCCUAGCUUCCUGCACCAAGGGCGGCUUCUACUUCUUCCAACUGCUUGAUAGAUACGCUGCUGGAUACUCCAUCUUAGUUGCUGUGUUCUUCGAAGCUAUUGCUGUAUCUUGGAUUUAUGGUACGGAGCGUUUUUGCGAGGAUAUCCGCGAUAUGAUCGGUUUCCGUCCCGGUCUAUACUGGCGCGUCUGCUGGCGUUUCGCCGCCCCGGCCUUCCUUCUCUUUAUCACUGCUUACGGACUUCUGGACUAUGAACCGCUGAGAUACGAGGAUUACGUGUACCCUGGAUGGGCUAAUGCACUUGGGUGGGCCAUAGCUGGCUCAAGUGUCAUGUGCAUUCCGACUGUGGCAAUCUACAAGCUGAUUACUGCGAAAGGAACUUUUGUUGAGCGUUUGCGUCUCCUGACUACUCCGUAUGCUGACACAGAAGGCAACGGCACGGUCCAUAAUGGGGUCGUGGUAUCAGAGAGUGGUGGCGUGAGACUGGCCUCAGCCGUGGUGACUCCGACGUCCCCCCCUCCGACCACUCCCCCCGCCGCACCGCCACCCGCGCUCGUCUGAGCACAGCUCUCCUUCGACGUCUACUACGUAUAGAGUAUAGGCGUUACGUACCGAACAGAAGCGAACUGGGGGCUUAGGCUAAUGGCCAUCUUUGACUUUAACGAAGCUUCAUCUGCACGAAGGAAGGAAUUGGAAGGAGAAUCCCUUUUUAGUUUGUCAAAAUAUCGACAAAAAUUUGACAGAUUAGAGUAUAGUAGACCUCCAUAUUAUGUCUGUGUGAUUCGUCAUUUAGACUUUCUUCUUUCGUUAUUGCAAAGAUGGCCAUUCGUCUAUGCUCCUCAAGGGUGUAUUUAAUUGUGGGACUGUCGGUGUCCAUGUUUGUUACUCCAAGAUUAUCGCUUCCCCGAGUUUAUAUUUUGCCUUUUUUCAACGAUGUGACAUGAGUAAGACUUAUUAUUUCUUAGGUUAAGAUUGACGGUGGUAAGUUUUGAAGGUGGAGUCGAAAGGGUAAGUAGUGAAGGGCUGUAAUUAAAUAAAGGUAAUAUUUAUAUAUAAUCAACCCCUGUGUAGUAGUAAAGAUUUACCUAGUGGUUCUUGUAGACCAAAACUUGAAUUCUCGCUUUGUAGAAAAAAACUAGUUCUUAGGCAGGUCAUUGAGCAAAAUUGUAUUAGAUUUAUCUUAUUAAUGGAUAGGUAUUAUAAUACCAGUAUAUAUUCUGUAUUUAUUGAAAUUUCUAUAUACCCUGUUUACGAGUAGGUGUACCUAUUACCUAUUUAAAAAAUAACGAGAAAUAAUUAUUUUGAUGUCUAUAUUUACUCAUAUUUACGUAAUUUUAAGGUUAUAUCUUUCAAUAAAUAAAGUAGAAAUAGUUUUAGUCUAGGCUAUUUUUCGCGUGAUCUAAUACGCCUGUAAGUUUAACCGACUAUUCAGCAAACCGUCGAUGUUUUUAGCUGUAGUUUAGAUAUAUAGACCCAUCAAGCAUAAAGGUUGACGCUGGAACAAUUACUAUUAUGAAAAAUGUUUCUUGAAAGAGAACUCAGUGUUAGUUUUACAAUUACAAUAAAAACGUGUCUUUUGAACCCUUCUACCUACAUCCUCGAAAAAUCCCAGUUAGGUCUUUAGUGUGUCCACACUUAGAAAAUAUACCCGUAGAAUUUUUUUAACCUGGUAAUCAUAAAAAUUUGCAGUAGGGUUGCGCAAUAGGCCAAUCAAUAGAUACUUACUAAUCGCCUAUUCAUAUAAUUGAGCUUACCUAAUCCAUUUAAUCGUAUUAUACUGUACUUUAUACUUAAAAUUAUGAAAUAUUGUAUAUCUUUGACUCAAAACGUGUAUGGUAGCAUUAAUAAAUGUAAGAAUUUUAUUUAUUUUAAGAUGUAAGUGAAAUAUGUGGCUGUUUAUUAACAAUAAGAAGUAGUAUUUGUAGUACUGAGAUUUAAAUGAUAUAAUAUUAUGUAGUACAUAGACAGUUUAAAUCGUCUUUCUAGCGCAAUAUAAUUUAGCGCCAAUAAGUACCUAUUCUAAUAGCAAACUAUAUUCAAUGUUUAAAUAUUAUAAUGAAGACUAGUGAUAUACUCUUAGUAAUUAAGGAAAAUGAAAUGCUGUGUAGAUAAUAGAAACAAUAAAAUGAUUAUUAUAAUCAAUCGUAAUACUUAAAAUUAUGAAUAUAGAUUAGAACUGGAAGUUCAUGUACCCACAUGAUAUUAUUUACGUUGUAGUAGAGUUUAAAAUUAGUGCAAUCAGUCUUUCUAGAUCAAUAAUAUAUUAUUACAUAUAUAAUCUCCAUUUUAAAUCUAAAUGUUGUGGUUUAGAAUCAAUGUAUACGUGCUCCAUUGUUUUAAUAAUGUGUUUCAUGUAUUUUGUUUACCAAGUUUACUUAUUUUAAUUACUAUUCGUCACUCCGUCCUGGGCAAUGCGGACUGAUGAAUGGUAUAAUGAUUUUUGAAGUAAAUGGAUUGGAUAUCAAUGGAUCUUCCAUUACGUUAGGAAUGUGAUACGCUCCACAGGCGCUACACUUCAGCUUACUCGAUGUGUAGUUUAUAGAAUCUCCGCUUUCAUUCUCUCGAUGUUCGUAAUCAAAAUGUUUACAACUUCUAUAAAUAUUAUUCGUAUUAAGAAUACUUAUUCCAAUCAGAUAUGCAAUACUUAUAAUCACGCUUUCACUAGCAUUUAGACUAGUUUAUUAGGCAGUAGGCAACUCACUGUUUAGAAUUUUAGAUAAAGUUAAAUGUAUCUCAGUUAUCAUUGAUGUAAUAAAUAUGUACUCGUAUUAUAGUUGUUGAUGUUACAUCAGUAGUCAUACCAGCCAUUAUGACUAUUGAUUGUUA